CUGGCCCGGCCCUGCAGCGCAUUCCAUAUCCACAUCCGCAUCCGCCACUCCCUCCCACGGGCGCGACAAGACAUGACGGACAUCGCGCAACUCCUCGCUGACAAUUGAUCCCAUAUCCAUAUGGACGCCAACAGCUUAGUCAGUGCUCCGACGAGCCUGGACGAAGUCGAGCAACUCGUCAAACGUCUGUACCAGCCAGGUACACCGAAGCUCAUCAAUCAAAUCGACGAGCAAAUCAAGCUCCUACAGCAUUCGCCAGAGGGAUGGCAGCUUGCAGAUGGCCUUCUCGCCUCACAAGACCCUAGUGUGCGCUUCAUCGCCGCUUUGACCUUUCAAGUGAAACUCAACAAUGAAGGGUCUAAGCUGGCUGCUGCCACCGCGCAGGCUAUUCUUGCAAGAAUAGUAUCUUGGACUGUCAGACUAGACCGUGUUGGGGAGGGGCACCUGGUGCAAAAGAAGCUGUGUGCCGCGCUUGGCACAUACUUCCUACAAUCAUCAGUACAGUGGCCGCGGCCUCUGCUUCACAUUGCGGCCUCACUCGCUCAUGGCGAUUUUGUGUCGGAGGAUCAACUCUCGGCAUCUCAUGAUGCGAUCAACCAAUAUUUGCCAGCCCUCGGAGACUCCCAGAUCAUCCUUCUAUUGUGGCUAUCUGGACAGCUUGCCACGGACGGCGCCAAGGUGGACAGCACAAAUCCAGCAUGCGAACGAAUUUACGAGCAGAUGCAGAUCCUGGUGCAAGAUGUGAGUAUCCUCAUCGAAAAUGCUCUCCACAGACCUGCGUCACAGAUCUCCUCGGACGUCAAGAAGGAGUGUCUGGUCUGCUUCCUCAACUGGGUCAAUUAUGCCCAGCCCAUGUGGCCCACCAAGCCAGAGGCGCUGGAACAUCUCCGCCGACUCGUCCCCGGCUUGUCAAUGCUGCUGUUGGACCCGAGACUCGAGCACGAGGCCAUGGACAUUUUCCGCGACGUCCUGGAAACCUACACCACUUUUUUCCAACCACAGCACAUGACGACCUUGGCCGAAAUCAUCUUCAACAAUGUCCGUCCCCGAAUGCUGCAAUCUUUGCAUGAACAAGAGCCCGAAGUGAUAUCAGUGGCUCAGUUUGUCAUCGCAUAUGGCAUAGCCAAUAUACAGCAAAUCGUCGAGCAGCCGGAAAAUGAGAUCAUGUCAAAGGCCCCUCUAGCGCUGAUUAUGGCUAUUCUAGAAGCCCCUGGCUACCCAGGCGACGAUGAUGAGGCGUCUUUGCACAGUAUCGAGUUCUGGAAUACUUACAUUGAGUAUGUCAAUGAUAUUACCUAUUCCAGCGCCGAUAUCGAAACGCCGCUGCAUUGGGUUUCGUCCGCAAGAUCGACGUGCAUGUCACUCACACAUCUACUCUGGCAGAAAAUGCGUACCCCGGACGCAGAGACGGCAAAUGAGUGGACCGAAGCUGAAUCCGAAGGUUUUAAGGAAUUUCGCAUGGAUGCCUCAGACCUCAUGCUAUCGAUAUACGUCUUUCUCGGCGUUGAAAUGCUGCAGUCACUUGUCACGAUCAUGCUAAGUGCUUUGGAACAUGGGCAGUGGCAGGAGCUUGAGGCCGCCUUGUUUGCGGUCAAUACACUUGCCGACAAUGUGUUGGCUGAUCAAACUGCCGAGAACACACUCACUCCAGUCUUCAGCUCGUCGCUAUAUCGCAUCGUUGGAGACUUUAGCCAGACUAUGCCUACACAAGCACGCCGGACUGCUGUUGACACACUCGGGUCAUAUGGAGCGUACAUCGAGCGUCACGCCGAGUUUCUUCCCGACACGUUGCGCUUCUUAUUCGCAUCACUGGAAAACCCAGGCCUCUAUCUGAGCGCUGCAAAGUCUAUCGCCGAGCUGUGUUCGACAUGCCGUGCGAGCUUGACGAGCGAGCUAGAUGGCUUUCUGGCGCAAUACAACAACUUCGCGCAAGGGGAGACAAGUGAGCCAUAUACGAACGAGAAAGUCAUUGGUGCCAUUGCCGCCAUCGUGCAAGCAGUACAACCCGAAAGCGCCAAAGCUAGGCCUCUAUCUGCUUUGCUGGACAUUAUUGAGGGGACACUGGGAAACGCGCGUGAUCAGUCUAACCCUGAGUUGCUCGAGCUAUGGGGUGCGUCGGCAAUCGAGUGUCUUGCGGCUGUAGGAAAGAAUAUGCAGAGUGAAGAGGACGGGCCGAUUGACCUCUCCAAUGAUAACACUGCGCCGGUCGACAAGAAGAGCUUCUGGCAGACUACGGAUGGUCAAGCAAUACAACAGCGUAUUCUGAGCAUAUGCCAGAGCGCCCUGCAGCUGAUACCGCAAAACGGAGAGGUGGUCGAGGGUGUCUGCAAAGUACUCAAGAGUGGGUUCGUCGAAACUGAGCCUGGUCCGUUUGUCUUCCCGCCUGGCUACAUCAUCGCCUUCCUCGAGCAGUGCAACCCCAGCACGCCGAAUGUGGAAUCAGUACUAGCCAUGACAUGCACACUGGUGCAACAAUAUUCAAGAAACAAUCACCCUCGAAUCGAUGAUGAAGUCGCCAAGAUAUAUCAAAAAGUCGUGUCGAUGGUCCAGCUCUUGGGCGAGCCAAGUCGAGAUCCGGGCGUGGCCCAGAGCUGCAUUGAUGUGUUCAACAGGAUGAUUGGACGCUACACGAACAUUCUCAUGGACACGGCUGGCACUGGAGACAUGGUCGCCCCGAUUCUCGACUUUUCUCUCAAAGCAGUCGAUGGUGCAGACCUGAUGCCCAAACGCGCAGCAUGUGGCUUCUGGGCGAGAUUGAUCAAGCCAGAAGAUAAGCCUGCUGAUGAAGUUGUCCGCACUCGCCUCGCACAAGUCGUUGCCGCCUAUGGACCCAUGCUCGCUCAAGCAUUGAUGAGUCAGAUCAGUGGGCGAGGUCAAAGGUCCGAACUCGAGCAGCUCUGCGAGCCACUCAAGGCUCUUCUUUCUACCCAGCCACAAUCGAAGCAAUGGAUAGAGAGUGCCUUGGCGAACAAAGCCGCCUUGCCAGCUAUCAGCGAGCAUGUGGCAGACAGCGAGAGACAGCGCUUUGUGGCCCAGCUUUCCGCUGCCCGUGGCGAUACGCGCAGAACUCGGGAGACCGUGAAGCACUUUUAUGCCGCGUGUCGCAACACGAUUACCAGCUACAGCACAUCAGCUUGACAGUCCGCUGUGUGCUGAGAUGACUCUUUGACAUAAUUGUCAAGCCCUGGGCAUCAUGUUCGCUGUGCUAGAAACACGAGAUGUGGAGGACUAGUCACUUGUUUAACGAGAAAUACGAAACAUCGCUCAGGAUGUCUGUCGUACAUCGAAUGAGAACAUGUUCACGUCUGACCUCCCAUUGGGUAUCUCAUCUAUGCGAACUCCGUUUUCAUGCUGUCAUGACAAAAAGAGAAAAAGCACUCCGAACGCCGUAAUGAUCCAUGCCUCCCUCCCAUGUGCAUCCAUGCCAUCAUCCAUUCAUUCCACUCAAUUAUUCAAAAAGAUACCCAUCUUCCCACCCCACCCUUCCUGAUCUCCACCUCCACCACCACCACCACCACCACCUCCUCCUCCUCCCCCACCACUAUUCCCACCCCCCAUUUUAAUCUUCAAAUCAUACGGAAACGGAUUACUCUCCGUCGUAGUAAUGGGCGGAAUAUGACCCCUCUGCAAAUUCACAAUCUGCACAAUUUUGCACGCAGCCAUUUCCAAACUCCUCGUCAUGUGUAAACGAUUUCUUUGCGCUUCGCCUUCACUUCGAGCGCUCGUGACGCUGACGCUGAGAAUCCAUGUCUCCCAGGGAGUUUCUUCGUCGGGUUUUUGAAUGAACCAUGUUCGACGGCGUUUGCGUUCGAGGAAUUGGAGGGUGAGGGUUGCGUGGGUGGGGCGGGGGGAGGAGGGUUGGAGUGGAGAAGAAGUUGUUGUUGUUGUUGUUGGGGCUGGUGGUGUUGUGGUUGUUGUGGUUGUAGUAGAAGUAGUUGUAGUCGAUUGCGAGUCGAGUUGGCGGAGGAGGGAGCUUGUGCGGGUUUCGAUUAGAGUGUCGAUGUCGUCUUCGGUGACGAAGGGGAGGGUGAGGUCGAGGAUUUCGUGGGUUGCUGGGUAGAGAGGGGUGAAGUAGCGGUGGAAGAAGAUGGUAUGGAGGAUGCCUUUGACUACAUCCUUCACAUUCGAGCGGUCUGCUGUGACAUCGAGCCUGUAUUCCGGCGGUCUUCGCUGGUCCAUGGCUGCUCUCGGUGAAUGUGCUGGAGGAGGAUAUGCUGCUGCGGCAGCGAGGAGAGAGCUUGGUUAUGACAUCUCAAAGGCGUUAUCUCUACUUGGCAAGAGACGUCCGCAAGAUGGCGGUAGAUCUGUAUAGUAUGCAGCGACCCGAUCACCUCCCGAUCACGAGGGGCUCAUGUCA